CUUGCCCAGUCGAGUAAAGUCGAGUUGCAGCAGUCGAGUUGUCAGUCAGUGAAAGUGCUUUUGCAGCGGUCUCGCUCCUUGCAGGAUAGAUAGCAGUGGCUGCACUUGGGUCAUCGGCCUAUCCACCAGGAGCCCACUGAACUAGUUGCUCAUUUUAUUCGCCACUCAUACUACCAGCGACCUACUCGUCAGCGACAACCACUAAGCUACAGGAUGCGUUGGCAGUUGGGGAGCAGUGCAGUGCUGGCACUGUUGGUGGCCGCGACUGUGGCGACAGCGACAACGUCUGAGGAAGAGGACACGAGCGACCGCGACAAGCGACAGUCGCCCUACUACACGGCAGCACUGCCCGUGAGGCCUGGCCCCACAUACAAGCCGCAGCUGCAGCAGCCGACGCAGCAGCAACCGCGCUUCCCUGCGGCCGCGUUCAGUGUCGCACCGCAGCCGUUCCGCAGCUCACCCGUUGACGACAGUGACGCCGACGAAGUCGACAGAAACGCCGUGUCGCCCACACCCAGCUAUCUGCUAACAAGGCCUCAGCCUACCACUCCGUCGUCACAGUACAGAAGCCAAACACCGCAGCCUCACCAGCAGCAACAGCAGGCGUCCAGAUCGAGACCCAACAACCAAGACUACCGGCGACCACCGCAGCAGUCCACCCAGGGCCAACGCACACAGUUCCAGCCUCAGCAGCAGCUAACUGAAGAAGAACUGGCUGAACUGGAAGAGGAUGAGAAAGAGGAACCCGACAGGCUGACUCAACUGCUCCCAGAAAGCAAGUUCACCUGCCACAAUAAGAACACUGGAUACUAUGCCGAUGAGGGACUCAACUGCGAAGUCUUCCACUAUUGUCAAGACAGUGCUAGGCAUUCCUGGAUUUGCCCUGAAGGCUUCCUGUUCCAUCAGGUACAUUUGAUUUGCAUGCCACCAAGCAGCGACAACAUCUGCAAACAAUCGUCGCAGUUCCACUUUGUGAACGACUACCUGUACCGGCCGAUCAACGAGGAUGAGGUGCAGCGCAAGCCGAACGUGACACUGCGAUACGCCGACCGCUACUACCCGGAGAACUACUACCCUGAGGAGGCCGAGGAGACGCACCAGCCCGCCCCUCAGGUGGUCAGGAGACCUGCACCCCAACAAAACCAGAACUACCAACUGCAGAGACCCGUGCAACAGGUGCGACAGGCCAGCAACACAAAUCAGGUGUUCCACUCUCCGGAGGAGGUCAACAUCCCCCUGCAGCAUCGCAGGCCGCAGCAGCCCAUCUCUCAGGCCGAGGAUGAAGACUACUGAGAGCCAACUAAUCAAAGCUAUGGUUAUAGCAAGCCAUUGCUCAGGUUCAUAUGACACAAAACAGCGCACACAUGCGAUCAGCGUAUACAAUUGAUCCUACACAUCCUUUACAUUGAUCCUAUACAUUUGAAAUGUUUCUACAAUUUAUUACUAUAGAGUAACAGAAACAAUUGAUCCUCAUCAAAUCAUAAUCAUACAGCGCAGAUUCACAGCACACAUGCGAUCAAUGCGAGCAUUUACAAGCAUUUGCCUUGUUUCUACAAUUUAUUAAUAUUAAGUAAAAGAACCAAUAGAUCCUCCUUAUCAAAUCAUAAUCGAAUUUUGUUAUAAACCGAAAAAGUGAGAAACUUCAUCACUUUAUUGAUGUAAUACUUUUUAGAUAUAAAUUAGAGUUAAGUUAUUUAUGUAAAGUUUAUUGUUUGUAAUUCCUAAGACUGUAAGAUAGAUUUAUCAUAGUUUUGAUUUGAUUAUUUCAUUUUUGAAAAAAAUGAUGCAAUAAAGAUUGCAUAGAAA